GAAAAAGGUUAUGUUCUUGCCGACAAGAUAACCCAAUUUUUAUCUUGAUACUUAAUAAUUUUGCAGUGAAUUGCAUCAUUAAUCCUUAUCCCAUUAGCAAGUCUGAAGAUGGUUGACGGUAAACCAAACGAGAGUACCACUAGCAAAGGAGCUUUAAAAAAGGAAGCAAAAAAGGCAGAGAAGGCAGCAAAGAAAGCAGAACACAAACAAGCUGCUGGUGAAAGUCAACAGAACGUUGCAGAGGAAGUUGACAUAUCAGUUGGAAAAUAUGGAAAUCUUCCCCUUAUUAGAUCAGAAACUAAGCACAAUGAGAGGAGUUUCACGCCAGUAAGUGACUUAAAUAAAUCUGUGUCUGGAAAAACUGUAUGGAUAAGAGCAAGGUUACAUACUUCAAGAUCAAGAGGAAAGCAAUGCUUUAUUGUUCUGAGACAAAAAGAAUUUACUGUGCAAGCCAUUUUAAAUGUCUCAAAUAUUGUUUCAAAAUCUAUGGUUAAAUUUUCAAGUGGGGUACCCAAAGAAAGUAUUGUCGAUGUAGAAGCCAAAGUAUCAGAAGUACCCAAUAACAUAGCAAGUUGCAGCCAACAGGAUGUGGAACUAGUUGUUUCACAGUUAUGGGUAGUGUCCUUGUCCGCUCCACAGCUUCCUUUGCAAAUAGAAGAUGCAGCCAGACCUGAAAAACCAGAGGAUGAAGAAGGUUUAAAUAUUCGGGUAAAUCAAGACACAAGGCUGGACAAUAGAAUUUUAGAUUUGAGAACACCAACUAACCAAGCAAUUUACCGGUUGGAAGGAGGCGUCUGUCGACUUUUUAGGGAAGCUCUUACUAAUAAAGGGUUUGUAGAAAUACAUACGCCAAAGAUCAUAUCUGCUGCUUCGGAAGGAGGUGCUAAUGUAUUUACCGUAAGUUAUUUUAAAGGAUCAGCUUAUUUGGCUCAGAGCCCUCAGUUGUACAAACAAAUGGCGAUAGCAGCAGAUUUUGAAAAAGUGUUUACUGUUGGUGCUGUAUUCCGAGCCGAAGAUUCGAACACGCAUAGACAUUUAACGGAAUUUACUGGUUUGGAUUUAGAAAUGGCGUUCCAUUAUCACUAUCAUGAAGUCAUGAUGACGAUCGGUAACAUGUUUACAGAAAUUUUUAAAGGUCUAAGAGAUCAAUUCAAAAAUGAAAUUUCCAUAAUAAAUCAACAAUAUCCAGCAGAACCAUUUGCCUUUUUGGACCCACCUCUUGUAUUAGAAUACAACGAAGGAAGAAAAAUGCUUGCUGAAGUAGGAGUUGAGGUGGGCGAAGAAGAAGAUUUGAGUACACCUUCAGAAAAAUUGUUGGGACGUUUAGUUAAAGCCAAAUACGAUACCGAUUUCUACAUUUUGGACAAAUUUCCUUUGGCUGUACGACCAUUUUAUACAAUGCCCGAUCCACAAAAUCCUAAAACUUCUAAUUCGUAUGAUAUGUUCAUGAGAGGUGAAGAAAUCCUUAGCGGAGCUCAGAGGAUUCACGAUCCGGUAUUUUUAACAGAAAGGGCAAAACAUCAUGGAAUAGAUAUAUCCACGAUUGCAGCUUACAUUGAUGCUUUUAAAUAUGGAUGCCCACCUCACGCUGGAGGAGGAAUUGGAUUGGAAAGGGUUGUAAUGUUGUAUUUGGGACUGGACAACAUUAGGAAAACUUCAAUGUUCCCACGUGAUCCAAAGCGCGUGACUCCCUAAGAUAGUUUUUAAUGCAUAUAUUUUAUAAAUAAAAAUGUAGAUAUGACGAA